AUGGAUGCAGCAGCCCUCGUUUCGGUGCACCCGCACAAGCCUGAGGCGAAGAAGCGGAUCAAGACCGAGAUUGCCCAGCUUGUCGCGGAUCUUCCUCGAGUAGACCGCUAG